AUGCACUGUCUAACAAACCAGCCUCUCUUGACUGCAGGAGUGGUCAUGGAGAAGGCAUGCCCAUCUCCCUCUUGUAACAAGCAGCCUGCAGCGGCUUCAAGCCCCUGGUCGCUGCGAGCAGAGGGGCUCUUUUCCGCACUCAAAGGAGGAGUUAGAAGCAGCCCAAACCCCUCAGGGACACCCCUGGGACGUGGAGCAACAGAGGGCGUUUCCAUAAUUGAUAUCGGAGCUUCCGCUUCUCCUCAGACUGAUGAUUCACUGGAAGGCUUGUAUGGUGCGCCGAAGCUCCCGAAGCACCCGUCAUUCAGCAUUAGAAAAAGCACUAUUCUGGCCACAUUGGACUUUGUGAAGGCCCUUGGAGACAUCUCCUUUGGCCUCGUGGAUGUCUUUCCCAACGAGGACAGUCAAACAGCCCUCGCAGAGUCCCUGGCAGAGCUCAACGCACAUCUUGCAGGCAUGCCGGCAAACGAGGGUCAGGUGGUGAGGCUACUGGAGGACGAGGCUGUGCUAAUGAGUUCGCGGGACAGAGUGCCUUUCAUGCUGCUGCUUGAAGUCCUCAACUGCCUCCCCUUGAGUGCACGCAAGGCCGGCACGGCACCCGAGGGCAUGGCGCCGGCAAAGUCCGGCAUCCCCCUGGCGGCCAGCCAGCCCCUGCCCAUGCGCCCGCCCCCCUGGGCGCUGCACAUGUGGAGCCACGCGCGCCCCUCCUCUCAGCAUGCGCAGGACGCCCCCCUGGGUCUCUCACGCACGCUGUCCGACGUGGCUCUGGACCGCGCCAUGGCCAGCAUGUACUCCCGCAUGCGCCUCGUGCAGCUCAGCCUUGACGUCUGCAAACGACCACCUGCCACUGCUACUGCUGCUGCUGCCGGCCCUGCUGCUGGUGUGAGGACAGACAUCCUGAGUCAAGUGCAGCAGGCAGUAGCAGCUGGAGCAGCGCUGGUGGGUGCUGGCAGUAGGUCCAACCCGAGUUCAAGCACCCCUCCUGUGGCAUCUAACACAGAUACGGAGAAAGGGGGUGAUGCAGUGCAGGCUGAGUGGGAGGAGUAUGUGAGUGUGAGGCUGGUGGCGGUGCCAGGGGUGACUCUUGACGAACUCACAGGCCUGGAUGCUGUCAGCCUCUCUCGUGGUCGAGCCAGAGUGCCCAGCAGUCUUGCCAUUGCACACGUCCGGGCGGUCACCCAUCAAGGCGAAGGACCUCCUCCAGGCAUGCCUGUCACCAGUCCUUCUUCGGGAGUCGGCCCCGCUCAGGAACUGCUGGAGAGACAACGAGUGGAUGAGAGCUGGGAGAGUCGCAAGGCAAGAAUCAGGCAGUCUUCCAAGUUUGGCACAUCGCCAGACUGGGACCUGCGGUCAGUCAUUGUCAAGAGUGGCGAUGAUUGUCGGCAAGAGCAUUUCGCCUUGCAGCUUGUCUCGCACCUAUCUGACAUCUUUCAAGAAUCAGGGCUGCCACUGUGGCUAAGACCAUAUGAGAUCCUGGUAACUUCAGGCAGCACUGCUCUCAUUGAGACCAUCACGGAUGCUAUCUCAUUGCAUGCCCUCAAGAGCCGGAACCCCCACAUCAAAAGCUUGCGGCAGUACUUCUGCGAGAAAUUCAAGCAUGGGUCUCCUGAGUUUCGCGUUGCUCAACAGAACUUCGUGGAGAGCAUGGCGGCCUACUCUGUUGUCUGCUACCUCCUUCAGCUGAAGGAUCGGCACAAUGGCAACAUUCUUCUGGACGACCAGGGCCACAUUAUCCACAUUGACUAUGGCUACAUGCUCUCCAACUCGCCUGGCUCUGUCAACUUCGAAACUGCACCCUUCAAACUCACCCGUGAAAUGGUUGAGGUUAUGGAUUCUGAUGCUGAUGGUUCUCCAAGUGAGGCAUUCGAUUAUUUCAAAGUUCUGUGCAUACAAGGUUUCCUUACAUGCCGCAAGCAUGCAGAGCGCAUCUUGUUGCUGGUUGAGAUGAUGCAGCAAACACGGUGUCCCUGCUUCAAGGCAAAGCACCGAGUGCUACAUAACUUGAGGAGGCGUUUCCACCUUACACUAACAGAGGAGCAAUGUGUCUCGCUCAUUCUGUCGUUCAUCAGCAAGAGUGUUGAUGCUUGGAUGUUUGCAAUGGCGGUGGAAGCAGUGAGCCCCGUCACCCAGGAAUCUGUGCACGCUGCUGUUGCCGCGAAGGACUUCUCUAGGAUAGCCGAAAUCUGUGGUCAGCUUGAGCUCGAGGCUGCAGCAUCGGGAGCACCGCCUCUACCCGCAACGAUCCAGUCGCUGCAUCUGCUUGGCUUGCUUCACGAUGGAGAUUUAAAUGAAGCGCGGUUUUUAUGGAAGCGGAUACCUGCGUCAGUGAAAGAUGGCAAUGCUGAGUUGGCAGCCACGUGGAAAGUGGGACAGGCCAUGUGGAAGCGAGACAGCCAAGACGUUUACGAGGCCUUGAAAGCCUUUGACUGGUCGCCUGCUGUGCAACCCAUGGUCGCUGCAGUCACAGACAAAUACUCACACACCAUGAUACAACUGUUGGCUCGUUCUUUUUCCACCAUCUCACCCUCACAUGCUGCCACGUUCCUCGGUCUCUCCUCUCAAGAAGCCCUCUCAUUCCUGGAGGCCAAGAACUGGAAGUAUGAUGCUACAACAGACAUGUUAACUCCACCAGUGGUCCAAGCAGGGAAGGACAGGGGAAUUGAGGAGGAGCAGAGGCAACUAGCCCAGGUGAAACGUUUGACAGAGUAUGUCUUCAAUCUGGAGCAUUGA